UAGUCUAUUCUAUGCUAUACAUGAAUCCAAACCCAAUUAUUUAGCCACACAGUCAAAUCAAUAACUUUCUUGGGGGGCCAAGUCCGGUUGAACUCACCAUCCAAACCAAACCAAUUAUACAAGUUGUACGGAGCAGAUGGUUCACAAUAUUCGCAUCGGAGCUGAUAAUGUCGGUGAACGGCGCGACCUACUUGUUCGGCGCCUACUCCGACACCAUCAAGUCCUCACUAGGCUACGACCAAACAACUCUCAACCUCAUCAGCUUCUCGGCGGCAACCUCGGCCUCAUCAACGAGGUCACGCCGCCGUGGGUGGUCCUCGCCAUCGGCGCCGAUGCGGUCUCCUUCGUGUUUCUGCCCACGAUUCGGAUUCUUAAGGUUUCGAGGAGGGAGAAUGAUGUGGACGUCUUCUACGGGAUUCUCUACUUGUCGCUCGCGCUUGCGGUUUUUCUCAUGGUGAUCAUCAUUGUCCAAAACAGUGUCGUUUUUGGGAGAGUCGAGCACGUCGCCACUGCAUCUGUUGUAGUAAUAUCCCUCUCGCCAUCAUCAUCAGACGACAACUCAAAGAGUGGAACAACGCAGUCAUCAUAAAUGCCCUCCAAAUCGAGCAACUACCACCCAACUCAACCAACCCGGUAUAUUUUCCACCUUCAUAUACGAUCGAGUUGCUCUAUGUUUUAAGUUGCGAGCUUCGGAUUUGGUGUCUCAAUAUUUAGAGUGUCUCACAUGCACCUUACUAACAAAUUAAUUAUUUUAGUAAUAUUUACUACUCCUCCGUUCACGA